AGCUUCCAGCGAGGUUGCAACUUGUCCAUACUGGCACAGGAUGAGCUUAAAGAAACUUUUCGGGCUGUUUGCUUUCCUAGUGAUUUCUCUUCAGCUGUGUCUAUCAAGUGCGGAUGUCUACCAAGCUGGAAAGACUAACAUAACUGACACCUCCCAAAACAAUCACGGUUGCCAGUCCGUCUCUUUCGAAACGCAGUUUCAGGGCUCUGGUGACGUCAAGGUCUUUGUUACUCUUAGCCAUGGCAACAAACAUAUCAAAAUCCACGACCCAGCAGUACUGUGGGUAAAAUCGAUUUCUACGUCAGGAUUUAAAGUUUGCGUUCGCGAGGCAGGAGGUGGUUCGGGAGGCAAGUCUGUCGUUAACUGGCUCGCCUUCCAGGGGUCUUAUCAAGGAAUCAAGUCUGGCACCGUAGACUUCGAUGAAUGGACUACAAGGACACAGUGCAAACGAGUAUCGAUCAUCGAUAACCGCAGUAGUGGUUUCAAGAACAAGCCACAAGUUUUUGUUACUGUUCAGCAUAAGCAUACAGACAGAUCGUAUGAUUCUAUGAAUCUUUGGCUGAAAGGUGUCAAUAAAAAUGAGUUUUACGUCUGCAUAAGAGAGUUCAUGGCGUUUGAUGGCAUCCAUUCGGACCUAAAAGUGCAUUGGUUUGCAUAUGACGUUCUACCUUCCAACUGGAACUUCACUGAGGAAGGGAAGAUUAAUUUCGCCGGAAACGGGGCUCCACUGCGAAAAAAUAGUUAUGCCUUUUGUCAGGAUUUGAAGUUUGAAAACCCAUUUUAUGAGCCGCCUACAGUCUUAAUAUCUGGAAGUUAUGAAAACACCACAAGUGCUUCGUACAGAAAAUCAGAAGAUCUUUGUAACAAUGCUUUAAACGUUUGGAUAGAGGAAGUCAGUCGGUCAGAGUUUAAGGUUUGUGUCAAGGACAGCCAGGGACUGAGCAAGACCCAUGACCCAGUAACUGUAAAGUACGCUGUCAUCGGAGACCUUGACCCGUGCAUCAACGUUACAUGCGAUUACUUUGCUGUCUGCAAGGCAUUUCACGCAUUUGAUGCCCGUUGUGUGUGCGAAGAAAACUGCCCUUCAUAUGAAGAACAAGUGUGUUCAUCUAACUCGACUACUUUCAAAAACAAGUGCAUAUUUGAGCUGGAAGUGUGCAGACUGAGCAGCAACCACACUCUCUAUCAUCCUGGAAGUUGCACGGGUUUUCCUCUUCAGAGAGGAAGAAUUGAGCUGAAGAGAGAUGUUUCCUGGGCUGAGACGGCUUGCGAGUUGGUGAUCUUCCCGCCAUUUUCGUUCUAUCCAGACAAGGAAGUGCAUGUGCAAAUUACGACCAAUUACUGGAACUCCACCAGAAGGAAUUUUGUGCACGAAGCCACCGUCUCGUGGGUGGAAAAUGUCAAUUACCAGAAUUUCAGGGUUUGUGCGACUGCUGCAGGAAGAAAUGAUCGUGGUACGAAAGAAUUUGCGACCGUCGACUGGAUGGCUUACCAAGGAGCUCCAAACGGAGGUGUAACAGGAAAUACACGUAUUCCAGAGUGGUGGACUGGAACGAAGUGCACAGAAAUUAGUCUGCCAAAGGAUAAAUUUGCAGCUACACCCGUAAUUCUGGCGACAGCAGAUCACGUAACUUCAGCUUUCAAGCACGACGCCGCCAGUCUGUGGAUAGAAAAUGCUACCAGUACUACCUUUCACAUUUGCCUCCGAGAGUUACAAAAUUACGAUGGUCUUCAUGAGGACAUCCUCGUGAACUGGAUGGCUUUUGAAAGAAUUCAUCGCCCGCUUUUCACUGAAAGUAGAAAAAUCGACUUUCCUAACAACAGCUCCGUUUCUGCAAACUACAAUGGUGCGUUCUGCAAGGACGUGCAGUUCGUUAAGACUUAUGACAAGGAACCUACGGUAAUAAUCACUGCGAAUCACAAUUCAGAAGGAAACAACCUAAAGCCAAAGUACAUAUCUGUUACUGCAUGGAUAGAGCAUAUCAAGACAUCAGAAUUUCGUAUUUGUCUCAAGGAGUUGUUUGCUGACCAGCAUGACCCCGUUAGCGUGUCUUACGUUGUCCUGGCGGAUGUGUGUAAACCAGGCUGGUCUUACUUUUCUGGCUUUUGCUACUCCACAAGUCAGUUGUGCAAAAACUGGACUGAGGCGCAAAAAACCUGCCAACUAUACAACACCAGCCUCAUCGCCGUAAAAAAUCAAGAGGAAAAUGUUUACAUACAGCACCGUCUGAAUGGAGACAAAGGAUGGAUUGGAUUUAAUGACAGAGACACCGAGGGCACUUUUGUUUGGGCUGGCAACCAGCUAAGCAACUUCACAUACUGGGCUCCACAUCAACCAAACGAUUUCCGACUGAACGAGGACUGCGUUCACACCUUGGGAGCUGGACAUAAAUUUACAUGGAAUGACGUAAAUUGUAGGAGCUGUCAUAAUUACACAUGUGCUGAUGACCUUGAUGAAUGCAGAGGAAGUUAUCAUGACUGCAGCAAGAAUGGGAUUUGUACAAAUACACAGGGAUCAUACAACUGCCGCUGUGCCAGUGGAUAUAGCGGUGAUGGUCGGAAUUGUACAGACUUAGAUGAAUGUUCCUCAGGUCACAGCUGUCAUAGUAAUGCCACGUGUCAAAACACAGUUGGAUCGUAUAAAUGUACUUGUGUUAAUGGUUAUACUGGAGAUGGAAUCACCUGCUCAGAUGUCGAUGAAUGUACACUUAACAGUCAUAACUGUGAUGCCAACGCGCAAUGCACCAACACAUUAGGAUCAUUUACGUGCCAGUGUGACCAUGCGGCUCACUACUAUGGAAACGGAACAAAGUGCUACACUUUCAGAGGAUUCGCUAGCUCAAAAAUUAUAGGUAAAGACACCAAGAAAAAUUCCCAGUUAAAUUCCUGGCUACAUUCCCGCUUACAGAGUCCGUCUAAAAGUUACUGGAGUUUGUGUUAUAGAGCCUCGAGUCAUGGAUGGAGUUCCUCAACAUUUCACAGCCAUUGUGAUGGCCGUGGGCCCACAGUGACGAUCAUUCGUGCUCAUGGUUACAUAUUUGGCGGUUACACUGAUCAGUCAUGGGCAUAUUACUACAGGUACCGGUACUAUUAUGGUUAUAGGUAUUAUGGACAGUACGUUUCUUCAACAAAAGCCUUUAUAUUUUCACUCAAAAACUACUACGGAUAUGGAUAUUUUAAAAAGGACAUUAGCGGUUAUAGUUACGCAAUGUACAAUCAUUAUAAUUAUGGUCCGACAUUCGGCGGAGGACACGAUAUUUACGUUGCAGGCAAUGCAAAUAGUAACUAUAAUUCUUACUUUAAUUCGUACUCUUAUACCGGUAAAUACUCUACCAAUUAUGUCUGGACAGGAAAUAACAAUUUCUGCGCAGAUGAGGUAGAGGUUUACUAUGAAGUGACCAGUUAGUCGAGCACUAUUAAAAAAAAAAUCAUGCAACAUUGUUA